CAGAGGAAGAAAGCCAUAGAAUAAAGAAGAAGGAGAAGGCUACAGACAAGGCAAUGAAGGAAGGUGGCAGAAGACAUUGCAAGAAGAGAAAAAGGAGGCUAUGGAAGAAGACAGUGAAGGAGGGGGAGGAGGAGGCUGUGAAAGUAAAGAAGGAAGAAACAACUGGGGAGGCAGUAGAAGACAAUGGUGAAGAAGGUGAUGGAAUAAGCAAGAGACAGCAAAGGCGGUGAAGGCAAAAGGUGGCAGAAGAAAUAAAGAGGGAGGCAAUGACAGUGGUGGAAAAAGGCAGUGAAGGAAGAGAGGGCAGAUAGAAUGCAGCAGAAUGCAGCAGAAGUGUGUGAUGGAAGAAGAAAAGGAGGAUGUGAAAGAAGGCAAUGGAAGGUGCUAGAAUCAGGAAUGAAGAAAGUGAUGAAGAAUGUGGUGAGGUAAGUGAUGGAAGAAGACACCAGAAAAACGUGGCGGAAGAAAAGGAGGAUGUGAUGGUACAGGUGACAAAAGAAGAUUGCAGAGGAAAAGAAGGCAGAAUGAAUGGAGAAGGUGGUGGAAUAAAGUCCAAGAAGAAGGCAGCAAAAAACCAGAUGGAAGACUUUAUGGAAGAAGGCACUGGAAAAAGAGCAGGAGGCAAUGGAACAAGGCAGAGUGAGGAGAAGGCCACAGAAGAAAGCAGAGGAUGAAAGUGGUAGAAGAAGAUGGUGUAAGAAGAAAAGGAGGAGGAGACAGAAGAGGUAGAAUAGAAUAAGGAAGUGGAAGAAAGAGGGCAGCAGAAAAGAAGGAGGAGGCAGUGGAAGAAAAUGUUGGAAGAUUAGGAGAAGAUGAAGGAGGAGACGGAGGAGAAAACCUUGGACUAGAGAUAAGACCAACACCAAGAACAUAUUUCUAGCAGCUCCCAAGUCCAGUCAACCAGUCUGGGUUUGAGGUUGAAUCAAGACCAUGAAGUGCCUGCUACUUCUCGCCUUUAUUGGGGUGGCUGUUGCCUUCCCCACCUUUGCUGAAGAUGACGAUGACAAGAUUGUGGGAGGCUACACCUGUGGAAAGAACUCUGUGCCCUAUCAAGUGUCCCUGAAUUCUGGAUAUCACUUCUGUGGAGGUUCCCUCAUCAGCAGCCAGUGGGUCGUGUCAGCUGCUCACUGCUACAAAUAUCGCAUCCAAGUGCAGCUCGGGAAACACAACCUGGAGGCCACCGAAUCCACGCAGCAGCUGAUCAACUCUGCUAAAGUCAUCCGCCACUCUGGCUACAGCCCCUACACCCUGGACAACGACAUCAUGCUCAUCAAGCUGGCCACCCCAGCCACGCUCAACAAAGCUGUCCAAACCAUUCCUCUGCCUACCAGCUGCGUGGCCACCGGCACCACCUGCCUGAUCUCCGGCUGGGGCAACACCCUCAGCAGUGGCUCCAACUACCCGGACCAAUUGCAGUGCCUGAAUGCUCCGGUCCUCUCUGCCGCUGAGUGCUCUGAUGCCUACCCUGGGCAAAUUACCGACAACAUGAUGUGUGUAGGAUUCCUGGAGGGAGGAAAAGACUCCUGCCAGGGAGAUUCCGGCGGUCCUGUGGUCUGCAACGGAGAGCUCCAGGGCAUUGUCUCCUGGGGUUUAGGAUGUGCCCAGGAGGGCUAUCCUGGAGUUUACACCAAGGUUUGCAACUACGUCUCCUGGAUCCAGUCCACCAUUGCCUCCCACUGAGAUGCUUGUUUGGUUUGAUGUGUAUUUUCUCAUCAUCAUUUCUGUUCUUUUGUGUCUGGACAAGCAGAAAUUAUGAGAAAUUAAUAAAGACUUUCAGGCUUUAACUUUCCCUA